AUGUCGACACUGCAGGAUCUCAUUCCUGUGGUGAACAAGCUUCAAGAUAUAUUAACAAGCACAAACUUAACAGAGCUUGAUCUACCGAUCUUAUCAGUGAUUGGAUCCCAAUCUGCAGGAAAAUCAUCAGUUCUUGAAAAUAUUGUGGGAAAGGACUUCCUUCCGAGAGGAACUGGUAUUGUGACAAGAAGGCCGCUUAUACUACAGCUUAUUAACAUAAAGGCGGGUGAUCCAUUAAUAGAUAGAAAGGCAGGUGUUACGACAGACUUAGAUUCGGAACCUGAUACUGAAACAUUGGAGGAACACCUUCGUUAUUUUUCAGGGGGUAACAGAGAAGACAGCAAACAACCAAUCAAGGAAUGGGGUGAGUUUCUACAUAUUCCUGGGAAGAGGUUUUAUAACUUCGACAACGUAAAACAUGAAAUAGAGAAAGAGACGGCACGUGUUGCCGGUAAGAAUAAGGGUAUAAGUCGCAUACCGAUCAACUUGAAGGUUUAUUCCCCCAACGUUUUAAAUCUAACCAUGGUCGAUCUUCCAGGAUUGACGAAAAUCCCCAUUGGUGACCAGCCGACGGAUAUUGAGAGGCAGAUCACAAACCUCGUUCUGGAAUACAUAUCGAAGCCGAACUCGAUAAUCUUGGCUGUUACACCUGCAAAUGUCGAUCUUGUGAAUUCUGAAGCCCUCAAGUUGGCACGCCAAGUUGAUCCUCGAGGAGACAGAACAAUUGGUAUAUUGUCGAAGUUGGAUCUCAUGGAUCGUGGCACAAAUGCCAUGGACAUUCUAACGGGCAAGGUAUAUCCACUUAAGCUUGGAUUUAUUGGUGUGGUGAAUCGUUCCCAGCAAGAUAUUGCUUCCAACAAAGCUCUUGAGGACAGCAUCGAUGCGGAAAAACAGUUUUUCCAAACGCAUCCGGCCUACAGAAGCAUUUCUUCAAGGUGUGGCACUGCAUACUUGGCCAAGACAUUGAAUAGAAUACUCAUGAAUCACAUCAGGGACCGGCUACCGGACAUCAAGGCGAGAUUGAACACGCUGAUUGGCCAGGCAGAGCAGAAUUUGGCCACAUACGGUGAUCAGUUGUGUGUCACGGAGGAAAAUCGAGGUACUCUUAUUUUGCAGUUGAUGACGAAGUUCUCGACCGGUUUUAUAACCUCAAUCGAUGGUACGUCGAGCGAAAUUUCCACCAAGGAAUUGUGUGGCGGUGCAAGAAUCUACUAUGUUUACAAUGAGGUGUUGGGGCGGUCACUCAAAUCUAUUAACCCGUUGCAAAAUCUGAGUGUUGCUGAUAUUCGCACAGCCAUCAGAAAUUCGACUGGCCCACGUCCGUCCUUGUUUGUGCCUGAGUUGGCAUUUGAUCUGCUUGUGAAACCGCAAAUCAAGCUUUUGGAGGCUCCUGCCCAUAGAUGUGUCGAGUUGGUUUACGAGGAGUUGAUGAAAAUAUGCCAUACUUGCGGUCCAAAGGAGCUGGAAAGGUAUCCAAAGCUGCGUGCCAAACUCAUUGAGGUUGUUUCUGAACUUCUCCAGGAACGGCUAGGGCCGACUUCGAAGUAUGUUCAGAGUCUCAUCGAUAUCAAUCGUACUUACAUCAAUACGAAUAACCCCGGAUUUAUCGGUGCUGCAAGAGCCAUGGCUGCCGUUGUGAAAGAGCGUCAAAUUCGUAAGCAGCAUCACCACCAACAGUUGGGAGUCGUGAAUGGCGAAAAUGAACUGGAGGCCCCUCUUCUUGGCUUGGGAGAAAAGAGAUCCUGGGCUGAAGGCCAAAAUGGGAAAAAGACCGCACAGAAAAAGGUUACUGAGACUUUGGGAAGUGGGAAAUCCGGGUCGGAUUACCUGCUUUCGCCUAUUUCAAGUAGCGGCAGAACCAACUUGGGGGAGAAAUCUGCCAUUGAUGGUGUCAGGAAGCAUACAAAGGACACUUCCAAGCCGAUAAAGACCGAUAAGGACACUUUCUUGAAUUUCUUCUUUGGCAAAGAUACAUCCAAGCAAGAUCCAUCUCCCAGUGUUGACGAACUUGCUUCAUCUACACCCGAUACAACAACUGAAGAGAUGGAUACUGGAAUUGAUACCGGCUCGUUUAUUGCAAGAGACGAAAAUAAUGUUGGCACACUCCACUUUCACGAUCCGACUGUGUCCUUGUACGAAGAGCAAAUGGAUAAGCUCAGUCUUUCCCUCGGGACAAUUGAUGAGCGUGAGGAAAUGGAGUGUGAGCUAAUUAGGCGUCUCAUAGUUUCAUACUUUGGCAUCAUUAGGCAAACCAUUCAGGAUCAGGUUCCUAAGGCAAUCAUGUUUUUAUUGGUUAAUUAUUGCAAGGAUAGCGUUCAGAAUACACUGGUCCAGAAACUCUAUAAGGAAUCUCUGUUUGAAGCAUUGCUAUACGAGGAUGAAAACAUUGUUCAGGAACGGGACAAAUGUAAGAAGCAGCUAGAAUUGUAUAAAUCUGCUUCUGAUGUCAUUGCUGAUGUCCUAUAA